AUGGCCCAAUCUCAGUUCGAAGUGAGAGUCAUUCCAACAAAAGAGGAGUAUGCUCGCCUUGUCGACGUACUAUGGGCUGCGAAUUUUAACCCUUAUAAUCCCAUUUUCACUGCUGUCCAUCCGGUCAGUGGCCACACCGCCGAAGAUCGCGCCAGAGAUAAAGCGCUCGACACCAACAUCCGCUGGAAUGCCAGCGAACAGAACCCCUUCUCGCACCUGAUAUACGCGAUUGAUAAAGAAACAGGCGAAGUCGCAGGAGGCUGUGAAUGGCUCAUUUUCCACGAAAACCCAUUUCCAAAUGGGCCGCAGCCUAUUAAGUGCACCUGGUAUCCCGAGGGGACAGAGCGCGCCGAGUACGCGGAACGUAUGCUCUCCCAGGCAUUUUUUCCACGACAGUCUUGGUUGCAACGUCCACAUGCCGGUGUCAAUGCCAUGGGCGUACACCCGAAGUAUCGACGACGUGGAGUUGGGCGACUUCUCAUGGAGUGGGGCCACGCGAUCCUCGAUCCACUGGGCUACGAAAGUUUUAUUGAAGGCAGUCCGAUAGGGCGCUGGUUAUAUGAGGAAUAUGCGUAUCGCCGAGUGAUGGGUUUAUAUGUUGAUUUUGAAAAGUCAAAGCCGAGUGAUGAGUGGUUGCGUGACAAGAGAUUUCGUACGUGGGAAGAAAGGUGGGCCGACGCACGGAGUAAUCCAAGUGGAGUUGUGGCGUUGACCAUCGAGUGGAGCGGUGGGGUUGGUGGAUUUGAGGAAUGA